AUGAAAAAAGUGGCCAUGAGUAAGGGAGAGAUCAAAAAAGUUCAACAACUUCAUUAUGGUUGGUACGUUCAAGCGGUCAGUGCGUUACUUGGAGCAAUCGGAAAAGAGCAGUACAUGAAAAUGGACCGAAAUAAUCGUCGAGCGUUUGUGGCCUGCUUGGAUGACAUCGAUAAAGAGCACGAUCUACAAGCGGGAGCCAAAUGUCUUGUGAAGGCAUUCGACAACCAGCUGGUAAAAUCAUACCCACAUGCACUUCAUCGUCCUUAUUACGAUUUCGUCGACGAAAGUCUGAAACGACCGGCAGUUGUGAAGAAGAAGAAACUGAUACGUAAAGCCGUCAAGGAUUUCGCUCGGACGAAAGCAGCCAAAUUGCUGAAAUUGAAUUUUAUCAAGAAUCCACGAAAGAAGUUGAAGAAACCAUCUAUAAGAGGGAAGUUCAGAGGUUUGUCGAAACCAGUUAAAAGCUCGAAACAGGGACGACAAUUUGAAAAGAAAUCGAGGUUGAAAACGAACUCAGUCACGAAACGAAAACGUAUUCGAAGGAUACGGCGGACCAAAAGGAACGUACUCUCGCUCUACCGAAAUGAGGAAACGAUCCAUGAGGCCAAACGAAUCGAUCGAAUGGAAUCGCCAUACAGACCGGUCAAUAUGAAGUACUUGCCAUCUCUGGUCACACCGGAAAAAUCCCCAGUGAAGGUACUGACCGGACUUCUUGGAUCGGUAUGGAGAGCAGCGAAUAAUCGAACGGCUGCGGACCAAGCAACUCUCCAUAAUUCCUUCAGUAAGCUGCAGCAGGUGAUUACAAGGUUUUAG